ACAGUUUGUCACUGACUUCGCUUUGGUGAGGUUGUCAUUUCGUCCAUCUAUCGAAUAAUUUGAUAGGUGAGAGGAGAUUAAUUAACAUCAUCACAGCGGGUCACACAAUAAUUUAAUAAUUACGAAAACGAUCGCCGCGAUCGCGCCAACGAACGGGUGGCUUGGUUUAUCGCUGGGACAUACCGCCAUGAUCGAUGUGGGAAACAAAGAUGGCGGAAUAAUACGGUGAUCGUAAGCAAGACAAGUGUCGUGCAGUGUAGUUAUGUGCGGUGGUGGGUGGAUAACGCAGCGUUGUCGCGGCGCCUGAGCGUGGAGGAGGGAGAUGGCGCGGCCGGGGUGAUGCCGCCGCGGCCUGCGGCCGGCCGCUCGGCUAUGGCGGCAGAGGAAGAUCGUCCGCCGCUCGCUCUGUUUACGGCCGUCUACGACUAUGCAGCGCAGGGGGAAGAUGAGCUGUCCCUCCGCAGGGGCGAGAUCGUCGAGGUGCUCUCCAAGGACGCGAACAUCUCCGGGGACGAGGGCUGGUGGACGGGCAAAAUCGGCGAUCGCGUCGGCAUUUUCCCCGCGGUGUACGUGACAGAAGACGACCCUCUGGCCGUCAGUUCGGUGAUAGGGGACGUGGACCCUCCUCGGGUGUCGUAUUCGGAGCUGAAGCUCGAGGAGGUGAUCGGCUCGGGCGGCUUCGGGACGGUCUACCGCGGGUACUGGAACGACGAAGUUGUGGCUGUGAAGACUGCACGACUAGCCAACGAAGACAUAGAAGUUAUAAAGGAGAGUGUGUUGCAGGAGGCUAAACUAUUUUGGAUGUUGCAACAUGAGAAUAUAGUGUCGUUGAAAGGUGUGUGUUUAGAGAAGCCAGAUUUGUGUUUGGUGAUGGACUAUGCGCGUGGUGGGCCUCUGAACAGGGUCCUGUCGGGGCGGAAGAUACGGCCCAGGAUACUGGUGGACUGGGCUAUACAGGUGGCCCGCGGGAUGGCCUAUCUCCAUUUUGAUGCACCUAUAUCACUCAUUCAUCGAGACCUUAAGAGCUCUAAUGUUCUACUGAGCGAGGCAAUCCUCUCGGACGACACGCUCGAAGACAAGACGCUGAAGAUCACGGAUUUCGGGCUGGCGCGCGAGGUGUACAAGACCACGAGGAUGUCUGCGGCAGGGACCUACGCUUGGAUGCCGCCUGAGGUGAUCAAGAACUCGACAUUCUCGCACGCGUCCGACGUAUGGUCGUACGGUGUGCUGCUAUGGGAGCUGCUGACAGGCGAGACGCCGUACAAGGGCAUCAACGCCAUGGCCGUGGCGUACGGGGUCGCUGUCAACAAGCUCACGCUGCCCAUACCUAGCACAUGUCCCGAGUCCUGGAGGGUGUUGAUGGAAGCAUGCUGGCGCUCCAAUCCCCGGGAGAGGCCCAUGUUCCCGGAGAUCCUGGAACAGUUGGAGAGGAUCCGCCAGUCGGAGUUCACGCGGGCCCCGCACGAGUCCUUCCACACCAUGCAGGACGGCUGGCGGUUGGAGAUCGAGGAGGUUCUCCGGGAUCUGCGGAGGAAGGAGCAGGAGUUGAGGUGUCGCGAAGAAGAACUGACGCGCGCUCAGCUGCAGCAGCGGCUGGUGGAGCAGAACCUGGCGCAGAAGGAGAGGGAGUUGGAGAUGAGGGAGAUUGAUCUCGCCGCGCGGGAGCUGCACAUACUGAUCUUCGCGAGCAACAUGUCGCAUAGCCAGCCGCCGCAGCCCAACAAACGGAAGGGCAAAUUCAGUAAGAUAAAGUUGCUCAAGAAGGACACGAUCUCAUCCCCGCUGGACUUCCGGCACACCCUCACGGUCCGGCCUUCGGAGGACGAGUCCAGCGUCAAACAGCUGGUCGCCGUCGCUACAGACACGCCGCCCGGCUCGCCCGCCAUCAUGAGAGCUAUCGCUCUGCCGGCGGACGGCGUAAAGGGGAAGACAUGGGGCCCGUCGACAGGGCACCAGCGUGCGCGCGCGCACCUCCCCCUACCCGCGCUGCGGCCGCGCGCGCACCGCCCCUCCACCUCCGCGCCGCACCUGCCGCCGCACGCGCCGCGCGCCGAGCCGCCGCACGCAGGUUGUUUUCUUCCUUACACAGACUUCAGUCCGGACGACUGGGGGCCAGAGUUCCCCCUGAGUUCGUCCUCGAGGUACACGAUACCUAUGCCCACACUUUACAGUACUGAAGGUUAUAAGUACAAGAAGCCUAGUAUAAUAGAAUUGGUGCUAUACAAUAUGGCCGCUCUGCUGGGCGGUGUGGCGGCGGGGUAUGACGUCAGAGUAUCCAAUGUCAGCCCGCUGCAUCCUACGCUACAACCUCACAGGCCAGAGCUAGAAACAGAAGUGAUACCGCCAUCCAUAUACGAGGGAUACGGAUUUGCGCACAACACCUACCACGGACCCACGAGACAUUUGCGGGCGCCUCUCAACGCCAUCACCGGCUCCCCUAUAUCCAGCCUUCAAGCCGAAGAACAAAAACCAAUCCGGUUUACAGACUCUCCAACACAUUACGCGCAUCCCUCUUCAUCGUCCGGUUACGGGCAUUCAGUGCAACCUCUUUCCGGAACGUCCGGCUUAGGAACCAACUACACCUCCACGCAACCCACCCCCUCACCGAGAAGAACCAGUUCCUCCACAUCAGACCAUCUAGCAGAUCUCUACCACAACUACAGAGAAAACUUCCAACCGUCACCGUCCCAAGACCGCGUUCAGGACUUCUACUGUCGCACAGAGCCUUACGCCUUCGACCGAACGGCGGAUUAUGUCGUGAAGCAUCCGUACUACGGCUACGACGAAUGCUCCUUCGACUACAGAGAGCCCGCUUCGGAUUACAGGCCUCAAUACUUGACGCACAGACGGACACCGUCAAAUUCUUCAGCGACGAAUUCUCACCCCGAAGAGUUCUCCCCUUCGCGGCAAUACCGGGAAAAGAAAGACAGAAAAGAAGAAUUCCGAACGCCGGAGUAUCCCAGAAAGAACGAUUACUCGUUACCGAGAGAUUAUUUCAGACAAGAGUCUCAAGACGAGAGCGAAAGACCAGCUAAUUUGGGAUUGGAGUUGGCGCCCACUAAGUUGCGGUCUAGUCUCAAAAAGUAUAACAAGAAAACGAGUGCUUCAGGGGGUAGUUCUGGGGGUGGAACUCCCACGAAUCCGACUCCACCAGACAGUUUGAGUGAAACUGACAGUUCGUACGUGUCCGCCAGAGACGCGUCAAGCGGAUCCGCGUCCAGAGUUCGGUUUAGUCCCGAUGCUUUGGGGACCGAAAGGAGACCGUCGCGACACUCGUAGCGAAGGCUCAAGAAGUUCGACGACUACCUCGUAUGAUCAGAGGACGAUUACCGUCUCAGAAGGCUACUGAUCAACCGGCUGGGAAGAAUGAUCAUUGAUCAAUGAACACAACAGAAGUGUCUUCAUCGUUUGAUGUGAUCACUGUUUUAUACUUUUAUUGGCUGAAGUUUCGACGCGAUAUCUAAAUUAGUUAUGACCAAAUGUCAUACAGUCAAGGUCGUCAACAUCUGAAGAGGGUUACUAUAGCGGUUUUUUAACCUACUUUUCGCCAUUUUGGAACAUAUUUUGCUGUUUAAUGUUCAUUGAUCUCUGUCUAAGAAGUUAAUUGAUCGGUGAUUCAGCUGGAAAGUAUUUCGCGGGUAGCGUGGAACGCUUUUUGUGUUUUUGUGUGCGCGGAGUGUUUUGGACCACUGGAAUUGGCUUUUAUUAAUUGUGAAGUGAAUGCAAGACAUUUUCUUUUACGUGUCGCGGUUUGGUGGGGAGACGAAUUACUUUGCAGUGGAUUUAGUUAAAAUGCAAACCGUUUUUCUAAAAGCUAUCUUUUAUUAAGUUGUGAAAAGCUUUAAUGGUAUUUAGUAUAGCUAAAUUUUACUGCAGAGUAUUUAGUAAUUUCUUGACAAAUUUAUCAAAAUGGAUAGGGAGACUUUUUUAGGUUGAGCAUAGUACGGCAUCUAUUUUAACAACUAAAUUGAAUUAAGAAUAUAGAGCUUUUCAUAAUAUAAAUCUGCAUUUGAAAAUAAAAUGUAUUUUUAAAAGUAUUUUUUUAAUAAUAAAGUAGUAUUCUACUCAAAAACUUGAGACAAUAUAUUGAUAGUGUCUCAUAUUAAACGAUUAGUUGUAAAGAAACGUUUUCUUAAAAUCGCUGCAAUAUUAUACCCACCCUAAAAAGUCACCCUGUGUUACAAAUAAAUUAAAAAAAAAAUGUUAUUUUUGGCAGCUAAGUACUUAUUAUUUGUGAGAUAAUCGAGAUUAUUUCUUUUGGAAUACGACUUUGGGAAUGUAAAUUAUGGAAUUGAUUACAAGAAAAUUACUAUUUUGAUAAAUUUAUAAGUACCUUCAAUUGAUAUUAUUAGGAGGGUAUUUUUAAAUUUACGUGGACUUUGAACCUUAAAAUAAUCAUAAUAACGGUGACCUUAUGAAGUUAUGGCAGUUGAUAACGUUGUGUUCAUAUUUAUGUAGUUACAUUGUAUAUUUGUAAAAUUAAAUCGAAUAAUAAUAAUUAUUAUUUUAAUAUAAAUUACUAAAUGUACUUGUAAUAAAUAUUAUGUUGUGUGGAAACCAGAGACUUGAGUGAAACUUCACGUAAUUCCACUUCCAUAGUUAUUUUAUUUCCGAAUUUUUUGGCGGACUCCGUGGCGCAGUGGUGGGGACGGUGGAAUUAUAAGAAGAAGGUCCUGUGUUCGAUCCCCGGCUGGGCCGAUUGAGGUUUUUUUACUUAGUCCAGGCCUGGCUGGCCACCCUACCGUGAUAAAUAAAUAAUGAUAUUUAUUGUAAUUCGUCUGGUAAUUAUCUGAAUUUUCACUAUGAUUUUAAUAAUCUAUCAAUAAUAAUUGGUUGCUCUAUAAAGACAGAUCUAUCUGAUAAUGACAGUAAAUAUAGUAUUAGUUAAAUUUUUAUUAAUUUCUACUCUUUUACGUCGCACACGUAUAAAUACAAUUUUAAGUUCGUCUUAGUAGUUUCGGCGUGAAAACGUAAAGAACUAACUUUUGCAUUUAUGACUUCGAAUGUGAAUAUCAUACCAAUACUAUUAGGUGAAAUAACUUCUUUGUCUGAUAAGUAUAAAAUAUCAAAUUAUUAUAAUAUAAUAUAGUAUUGUAGAAAAUUAUAAUUUAAUACAUUGUUUAUCGGAAACUUAAGUGUUAAGACUUGAGAAGUUUCACUCAAGGCUCUAUAAAGUUUGACGCAAACCUAGCAGGCAUACGCGCUUAAGAACUUUUCUCAGUGAUAAUAAUGGAAUAUUUCAUUGAGGGUAAUUGAAUAUUUUCUGAAUUGAUAAAAAACAACAGUUGUUGUCAGCGUUUUUAGUGUAUACUGACAUAUGAGUAGUAUAUUGUGAUCAACUUAUUCUGUACAUGCAACCGCGCAACUAGUCGAAAAUUUAUUUCGAAAAAUUGUCAAUGAUAUGAAAGAACAAUUUACUCAAGACAGCUUAUAAGAGUACACCUUAUAAAUCCUCGUCGUAUUGAAUAUUUUAAAUUAAAUAUUUAUAUAAUGGUCUAAGAUCCGUCAUUAGAAAUAUAUACCUCAUCUGUUAUUUAUUAGUGAUGUAUAUAUUCUGAGUGGCACAUUGAAAAUAGGUUGCCUAGUUAUAUUGCGGUCAGACCCAUUUUUCAUACAAAAUCUAAGAAACCAUGAACUUCAUCAAAGGCAGACUAAUACAGUUAAAUGAAGCCUAAAAUAAGCAUACAUUUGACAUAUUAGACGUUCUAAUAAUAACAACUGAUGAGGGAAUGCAAAUAACAACUGUUAUAUCCGACAACCCGACAGUUGCAAUGUGGUUUUUUUUUCAAAUAUUUUGGGUAUUUUUUAUUACUUAAUAGAUUAUAUUAUGUAAUAAAAAAUACCCAAAGUGGUCACAACGAGAAGAAAUACCAGAUGUAAACAAACGGAAUGCCAGCGUGAGUCGUGUGGCAGAUAGCAAAUAAACAAUAUAGAAAGAGACAGACAUACUUUGUUUGUUCCGUCGCCGCUUCGUGUACAUGACCGCUCGUGUUUACUUUAGUAUUUCUUCUCAUUGAAAAUAGUAUAGAAUACUAACUAACUAGUGUACGAUUUUUUUAUUAAACCAAUGACUUGAUACUAAUCACUUAAUACUAUCGAUCCGCAAUUUACCUUGGCAAUCUAUGUGCAAUGUAUGAAUAUUUUUUAUUAUUUAUUUCUCAUCCCAAAUAAAUAACAGAUGAGGAUAUAUAUUUAUUAUGCCGGAUCUCGUACUAUAAUGGAAGUUUAAAAUUCCUAGGCGGUUGUACGGAGAUAUUAGGCACAAAACUUAUUGUACAAAUGUAAAUAACACGUGCCCUGUAUAAGCUUAUUAUUUAACCGAUUUAAUUUGUACUAUGACAUAGAAUGCGGUAGUAUUCUUUACUUUGAAUUAUAAAUAGUACAAAUAUAUUUUAAGACAUCCUGUAGGUUUAUUGUGCGAACUAUCUGAUUUGGUAAUGCCGAUCGGCCGUCUUUAGAAAAGUCCUAAAAGUUUUUUUUUGGAAAGCUCAAAAAGCAAGUGAAAAAUAGUAAAACUUGAUGAAUAAUGACUAUUUUAUAAUAAAAAUACACAGAUAUCUUGAUAAUAUUUUUGUAGCAUAGACAUGAAAAUGUAUGUUUGUCAUCAUUAACAACAGAGGGUUAGGGUAUAGCUUGGUAAAUUCCUUCGCAACACUUCCGAUGGUCCGCGCGGGCCGGGAGGGGGCUAGCGAUGCCCCGCGCGCUUGUCUUCAUACCCGCGCAAUCCUUCCCUCUGCCCCGCGCGCACGACUUCACACCCGCGCAGUCAUUUCCCCCGUCGCCCGCAUGUCAUGGUAGUGUCAUCAAUGAACUUGCCAGUUAUAAUAGUCCACCAUGCUGGCCCAUUGCGGAUUGGCAGACUUCACACACGCAGAGAAUUAGAAGAAGAAAGAAGAAGCUGUGUAUAUCACAGCUCUUAGCCAGUCAACAGUUUAUAGUAAUAAUAAAAAAAAAACUAAAUCGAUUGAAUUUUUUUAAUGUGUUUCAUAUUGAAGAUGGCCGAACGACAUUAUCAAUUUAGGAAUGUGUGUAAUCAAAUUGUGUGUAUAUUUGAACUAACGUUUAUGUAAAUGUAAUUAAUUAUUAAGUUGUAUGCAUUUUGUACAAAAAUACAAAUGAUCAAAAUAUUAAGAUAUGAUAUUUUUUACUGAAAUAUCUCGGGAAGUGAUCGUAGUUUUAACGUAGGCAGCUUUUUGUAUCCCACAUGGAAAAAUGUAAAUUAGGUAAACGAAAUGUACCUAACUAGUCGAGAUUAUUGCAUAUCCACAUAAAAACUGAUAUUAACUGUAUAUGAUAUUACGCUUAACGUAACCCGAACACUGGACUUGUUUGUGUUUAAUCAAAAUCGUCACAGGAGCUUCUCCAUACUUCAACUACCAUAAUUUGGAGGGUAGGAACAGAAUUAAAAUACUAUGCAGUAUUUUUAUUCUGUACCUACCCUCCAUAAAAUUGCAAAGGAAUAUAACUCUAAAACAUUUAAUAAAGAAGACAUUCUUUUUUUAAAUAAAUUAAGUAUGCUUUAUAAGGAAUUUAACCGAUUUUGAAAUAAAAAUAAAGAUUUUAUCGGAUUAGCUACUGUGACUUGAGAUUCUUUAUUAGUAUAUUAAAGGGGUAACAUAUUUUAACAUACCCCUAAUAUCAUAUUAUGAGAUCAAUAUUAAUCGGUAAGGUGUAUGUAUAUUGAGAAAUUAAUUAUAAUAUUAGCUUUGAUAUUAUUAGCGAUGAAACCAGUGCCUAAAGUUUGCUGGAAAGGUUAUAUGAGAUUUUGUAUUGGAUAUGUGGAUUUUGGUGUUAUUUAACUUUAUAUCUGGGAAGCUGGAGGCCGAUAUACGAUAUUUAUUUACUUACUCAAUUAAUUAAAUCAGUUUGACUUUCCCAUUUUAUUAAAAAUUUCAAUUUAAAGAAAAAAAUAACUAAAAAAAUAUAUCUUGUUUUUCGUACGAGUAGUUUAAAUAAUGUUUGUUAUAUUCUUCAUACAUACAUUCACCAAUUUGAGGAAUAAACUGCCAUAAUCUAUGUUACAAAUAUACUAAAACCCAUUUCCCGAAGACGUCGUGCAACGUAUGAAAACUAGCCUCAAAAUCACAUAACAGACAAAUACCAAUGUGUCGCCAGUUUCCUAGUUGUAACUCAUUUCGAAAAUCAGAUACGGCCAGGCCAGUAAGAGUAACACGCUGUAUAAAUAUUUUUUUUUUUUAUAUUUUUUAUUAUUUUAUUUUAUACGUGCAAUAUGUGGUAAUUAUUUGCGUCCAUUAUUAUUUUUUAUUUUUAUUUUUUUAUUAUUAUUUGUAAAAAUCGUCGUGAAUUAACAGUAUUUAACACAGUAUUUGGGAAAUUCCUAUUUAUAUACAUGUAAAAAUGUAUUGUCUUGUGUGUAAAUUGAAUUUUAGUGAGUGUAGGUGUAUAUUUUUAGCUUCUGUGCCAAUUGUUCCUUUUUAUUUGUAACUCUGGAUAUUUUUUUCCAAAGGGAUCCUCCAUGGUUAUACUAUUAUUUGCAGUUCUAAAACAUAUCUCAAGCUGAUCAUAAUGGUAUACAAAAAUAAUUUAAUUUGUUAAUUUUUUAAAAUAUUUGUACUUAUUUAUUGUAAAACAAUAAUUUGUAUGGAGACACUAUGAUACAAUUAUGAGUUAUUAAAUUGUUAUUAGUCUUUCUGAAGUUAUUUGCCUUAUUCGACUGUAGUUACAGCUAAUGGAUGAUCCCCGCCACUAUCAAAUCUAAAACUACCCUUAUUUUUCACGCAAAAAGUUUUAAAUCAACAAAAUCACGAAUCUCUGUUUGAUAGGUUUGUCACAAAUGUAUUUAUUUAUUUUUUCUUAUUAUUGUAUUUUUUUUAUGAAUUAUGAAUUUUGUAUAUUGUUGCUACACUGUAAAUAUCGAGAUUCACGGCGCGUUUACUUAAAAAACUCUAGUCUUGAAUAUUUUUAUUUAAUUUUUUAAUCUGGCAAGUGUAAUUGUGUGGUUACGAAUGACUGGCGGGAUGGGGCUCGGACCGUCUAGUAGCACUCAAAAACUUUUUUAAAAAAUAUUUUAUUUUGGUACAAAAACUCAUUUUUGUCAAAGCAAAAAAUAAUUUUGAGUGCUAUUUUGAAGUUAUAAUUAGGUUUCUGAUGUGCAAGCAUAGAGAGAGGGACCAACGAGUCUUGUUAUAUUAUGUCUUACAAAACGAGAUACCGUAAAUAAACAAAGAUAGCUAGCUUACUACCGUAUUACACUAUAUCGAUGUUUUAUCGCAAUCAAGGCCAAAGGGGUGCAGGGAGACAUUUUUAAAAAUGUUACUAAAUUCAAAUAACCUGACCAAAGUUACUUUAGUCAUUCACUUGACUUUCAAAAUAUUAUUUCCAAGUACCUAUUAUAAGUAAAAAACUUUGGUACACGAUUUAAGUAGUUUACAUUGAACUUUGGACUGUACUUUUUACAAUCGACGUAGAUAUGCUCUCGACUGUACCUUAAAUGUUUAUUUUUUUAUACUCCAUAAUACCAGAACCUCUCUGGUAUUGCUGUGCUUCUCAGCAGAGAGGUCCUGACUUUGAUUCCCAUCUCAUUUUCAUCAUCUUAUUUUUCCUAAAUUGGCUCAGGUCUGAUCUAGUCCCUUCGGGCAAAGACGUACCGCCCAAGCUAUUUAGCGUUCCGGUACUAUGCCGCGUAUAAAGGGUUAGAAGUCUGGGCAGAAUAAACUUGUAAGUCUGCUUCCAUCUUAAACUGCAUUGUCAGUUGACAUCGGGUGAGAUCGUAGUCAAGGUAUAAUGUCAAUAAUCUUAUGCGAUAUUGAUAAAAGGAUUUUAAUUUGAUAUUUAUAUUAAUCUUUCACAGGGAAAUAAAUUACUCGGGAAGUCAAAUGUAUCAAAAAAACCAAGAGGGAAAGAUUACUUUAGAUACUUAGCUACAAUACGUUGACCCGAUAUCUCACUGCUCACACAUCGACCCGAAUUUGAGUGUAUGAAUAUUAUUUCAUUUUAUUUUAUUUUUAUUAAAAAGAAUAUUUGCCAUAUCUUUUUAAAAUAAUAUGACCAAUAUUUCCAUUACUACUAGUCGGGAAAGACUGUAUUAGGAGUGGGUACGACAAUAGACCAUCGGGGCGGGGAACGAACCACCACCAAUCGGUGAUGAGUCCAACCGCUCGUACCGUUGAGCUAUUGAGGCUCUUAAAUUUUUUGAUUACUACAGAUACUUAACUUCAAUACGUUGACCCGAUAUCUCACUGCUCGCACAUCGACCCGAAUUUGAUUGUAUGAAUAUAAUUUCAUUUUAUUAUUAUCAACUAGAACCGAUUGUCCGAGCCCUGUGAUGAAGACUAUUUUGUACACUCGACCAAGCCAAGUAGACGAUUCAUUUACUGAAUAUUGCUAAAACUAAAUGGUGCCUAGUGGGCUCUAAGUAAGUUUGUCAUCCCAUAGUUUGGAGCCCAUUCUCACCAUAGGUACGGUUGGUAACUAUGAAGUUUGCACCUUCAUGGCGUUUUGAAGGCUUACUUAAAGGCAGAUUUUAAGGCUUAAACGUUCAAGUACUUAUAAUAUGUAAUUAAAAAUACUGUAUUUUUUUCAUUUUUCCAAACGUCAAUAGCGGUGUCGUUACGUUUGUGACGUCACGAUGUUACUUUUUUAGUAUUUCCAGGUUUACGUGACGUCAUAAAAUAUAGACAUAGCGUUUUGGCUCGUAUUGUCAAAAAAUAUUAAAAAAUUUAAAUUUCAAUGUAUUCAUGUUUAAAAAAAAAUUCAAUUUUUUUUAAUCAUGAAUAUAAAAAUAGUAGAACGAUAAUGAAUAAUUUACGACUUUUCCAAAAAGUGUCAACUAGCCAGCUAUUGAAAAUCUGGAUCCAUGUAACCACCUUCAUAAAGCCACCACAGUCCAAACUCCAUAGUUGCUUACCUUUGAGAGAAUAUUGUCAACUCCAUAGUUGCUUACCUAUGGCAGAAGCAUUCUGACAAACAUUCAGCUUGUCCGGCUAUUGCUGGCUCACCUAAAUUAUUACUACCGGAAACAUGUGGAGUGACGUCACUAUAAAAGUCAUCAACUUGGCUCGGUCGGACAGUGGUUUUAAUUUUAAAUUUCGGCAUUCCAUUGAGUUUGUAAACUGUUUACAUUCCAUAUUGUUUGUGACGACAUGCUCAGUUGAGGUAGCGAUGCGAUAGCGUGCCGGUUAUGUGUGCCAAUGACAUGAUGGGAGGAUGCCUUAAGUCUGUACGUUAAACCGACAAAUAAAAAAUAGAUUAAGCUUCUUACAA